AUGCCCCUCCCCCUCGCUCAGGCCUUACCUCGACACCCCCUGCUCCCCUCGCUUUCCCACAAGCCCCACUUUGACAGCCUUCCCCCUCAAGGCCUCCUCCCACUCACACCUCCUCACAUCUUCCCUCCUUACCUCUGGAAGGGAGAAGGGACGCCGAGGACGCUGGCUCGCGCCUCGCGGAGGCUCCUGGGAAGGGCCGGCGUCACACUCCCCAGGCAGCUCCCUCCUCAGGUGGGGCCACCCCGCCUGCUCCGAAGCCCCGCCCCCUUCUGUACCUUCCAAGCCACUGGUGAGGAGCAGGGCGGUGGGGAGAGACAGGGGCCAUCGGUCUUCCCGCUCCUCCUCUGGCCUCUCUCUCCCUCCCUCCUCGGCUCCGCCCUCCAUCCUCCUGCCAUCUUCACCCUCCGUCCUCCUCCCCUUCACCCGCCUGGAGCGGGGAGAGGCCGCGCAGGCCCGAGGAGCGCCGGGGACCAAUGGCCCUUCCAACGGCCGCGAUUGGCCUCCGGGGCCGGAGUGACGCCGGCCCGGAGCCGGCCAAUGAGAGGGAGCCUGGGGCCGCGGGAGCGCGGCCGGGCGGCGGCGGCGGCGCGCUCGAGGGGCCGGGGAGCUAUGGCGGUUGCCGGGGUGGGCUCCCUCAGCAGCGUGGUGGGCGGCAGCGGCGGGGCCGGUGGCUCGGGCGCCGGGCACGACGCGGGGGACUUCUUGGCCCGCUACCGGCUGGUGUCCAACAAGCUGCGGAAGCGCUUCCUGCGCAAGCCCAACGUGUCGGAGGCCGGCGAGCAGUUCGGGCAGCUGGGCAAGGAACUGCGGGCACAGGACUGCCUGCCGUACGCCGCCUGGUGCCAGCUGGCCGUGGCACGCUGCCACCAGACGCUCUUCCACGGGCCCGGCGAGGCGCUGGCCCUCACCGAAGCGGCCCGCCUCUUCCUGCGGCAGGAGCGCGAGGCCCGCCUGCGCCUGGCCUGCGCCGCCGCCUACGGCGAGCCCCUGCAGGCGGCCGCCAGCUGCUUCGCCUUCGCCGUGCGCCUGCACUUGGAGCUGGGCCAGCCGGCCGCGGCCGCCAGCCUGUGCCUGGAGCUGGCCGGCGCCCUGCGCGCCCUCCAGCAGCCGGGCCCGGCCGCCGUGCACUUCGAGCGCGCGGCCGAGCUGCAGCUGCCGCUGUUGCCGCUGGAGGCGCUGUUGGCGCUCGGCGACGCCGCCUCCUGCAAGCUGCUGACGCGGGACUACGACGGCGCCUUGGAGCUCUUCACUCGCAUGCAGCUGCUGGCUCGGGAGCGAGCGGCUGGGGGCGGCGGCGCGGCUGGGCCCGCUGGGGCUGGGGGCGGCGCGGGCGCCCCCGCGGCCAGGUCUGGCGGGCCCGGCCAGCCGGGCGCCUUUCUGGACGUGUUGGUCCAGUGUGAGGUGUCGCGGGUGCUGCUGCUGCUGCUGCUGCAGCCCCCGCCCCCCAAGCUGCUCCCCGAGCACGCCCAGACCCUGGAGAAGUACUGCUGGGAGGCCUUCGACGGCCACUGCCAGGACAGCGGCUGCCCACUGCCCGAGGAGCUCUUCCUGCUGCUGCAGUCCCUGGUCAUGGCCGCCCACGAGAAAGACCUGGAGGCUGUGAAGGUGUUGCAGGGGGAGCUCUGGCCGCUGCUCAGUGCUGAUCAGAACCACCUGCUGCACCUGAUCCUUCAGGAGAUGAUCGCCCCCUCCGGACAGGGCAUUUGAUGGGCACCCCUCACUGCCAGUCCCCGUCUCCCAGGCCCGGUGGGUGCUCUGUCCUCAGCGGCUCAAGGAGAACUAACUUCUCGCAGCCGCCGGUCAGCAUCGAGAAGACCAAAGGAGAUCGCUCUGACCCCCUCCCCCCCCCCCCAUCUCCCCAGCUAGUUCGCUUUACCUUACUCCCAGUCAGGAACUAAGAAAAAGCAAUGGGUGAGUCACUCUGGCCAUCACACCUGAAUCCUUCAAACUUUUGGAGCUAAUUCCAGUGCCAUCCUUGUAGAUCUGGUGAGAAGAGAAUGGGCACUUCACCUCUGGCUUCUUCUCGGACCCUGCCCUGCCUUCCAUUUCCUAUUCACUCCUCUGAGCUCAGAUAUUUCACCUCCUUCAAAGGGAUUAGAUUGUUAUCUGACUCACUGGCUAUGCCUAAAUAAUGAAAUCACCUCUUUUGAUUUUGCUUAAUCGAAUUUGCAUUCUUUGUAAUCAUCAGCUGAAGUCUAGCAAAAAGGUUUAGCCGGUUCUCUUUUGCUGGAGAGCCACUUAGCCGAUCUUGGUAUGUGGGGGAUUCUAAUUGAUUACGUGAUAAUGCUUUUUUCAAAUGCUACCUUUUUCUCUGGGUGGGGUACCCACCUGUACCGCGGGUACCUCUGUGAAAUGGGAAUAAAAAAUAAUACGCUCAUCUGAAUGUUGUCUCUGGAAGUCCCCCUUAGGAUUUGUUUGUCCGAUGCACUGUAUCCAUGGUAGGCUCUCUUUGUAGUAGCUUGUUAUUUCUAACCAAUAUCAAUGUGCAAGCCAAAUCUUAGUAUUUAUAGUAGGGUACCUUUUGGAAGUUUAACUUAUUACAUUUAACCCACAUCUGUGAAGUUGUACUAUUUCUGUAUCUGCAAGCUAGUAUGCAUUAAAGGUGACUUUUAAAAAUGAAACACAAUCCAGUAAUUGUGUAUGACAGUGUGGAGUAGCGGGAAGAGUGGUGGGUUUGGAGUCUGAGGACUUGGGGCCCAGCUUUGUCAGUGCCACAUGGGGCAACUCCCUUCCCUUCUCUGGGCCCCAGUUUACCUUCUGUACGACAGGAGGGCUAAGAUCUCUUCUUACUGGAAACUUAAGAUCCUAUCAUUUUUAUGGUUGGGGCCAAAUAUUGACCAGAAGUUAUACUGGCAAUGACUUUUCUCUCAAAU